UAUUGAAUCUCUUGUAGAUGAUAAUUGAGCACAGACAUUUCGACACCAGGAAAGACAACCACGAUGAUGGUAUUUGGACAAUAAAAGUAAAGCAUACGUUCACAAAAUACCCUGAUGAAACGAGCAUCCGUGAACCCGAAAAUGAAGCAUUCGGCCAGAGUUUAUCGACAACCAGUAACAAAAUCGAUAAGAGCAAAAUAUUAACAGACGAUAUGGUGGUCAAUGAUUCCGCUCAAGAUAUUGCCACUAUACCAGACCACACUUUUGUUGGUGGGGAUCGAACAGAAGCAAAACCAACGUUGUCUAGCAACGACAUUUCGGAAGAAACAGAGCCAUCUUACGAAGAUCCGCUGCCUGAAGAAGCAGAAGUAAAGCGAAACGAAACACCUGACUAUAAUCAGAACACAAGGGAUGAACAAGAGAAGUUUAUGACGGCUGAGGAGAGAAGUGACGUCAUGAGGCGCUUUCUUCGAUCAGGGUUCAUUGCACACGAUAUCACGGAGCAUGAGAAAUAUCACAAAGGAUACAGAUUUUAUCCUGGGAUUGGCUGGCUGAAGCUGAACACAUCAGACUGGCAGUGGCCUGAGGCCAGAGCGGCCUGUGAAGAAGAUGGGGGAUACCUGACCAUACCAGACACGAUGCAGAAGAUACGUGUGUUGAGUCAGGUGCUCAAAGACAACGUCGAUGUGUUGAGACACGCAGUGCUCAAGAAUCAGGCGUUUGUUGGGGUGUUCUACCCGGACAGGAGCAGGAAGCCCACAACUGUGCUGGGCGAAUUAUUUCAGAUGGUAAACGAUUCCGCUUGGUUCCCCAACGAACCGAACAACGCGCCCCCUGGCGAAGACUGCAUCACUUUGCACUUGGAAGGCAAAAUGAGAGAUGUGCCCUGCUCCUAUACACUGCCCUUCCUGUGUCAGAUAGACUGACAGGUGGGGGGGGGGCAGGGGGGCACAGUGGCUGCACCUCUCUGUGGGGAAGGGAUGAAAAUAGAACAAAUCCAUUCUGAUAUUACAGGCUACAUGUUAUCUAUAAUUAACCCUUUGAUUUAUAUGCAUGUGCAUAUUGCAGGGACAAACAGGAUGCGCACGUAAAUAUACAUUCACAGAGUUCUCUUCUGCAAACAGGAAUUUGCAUUUAGGGAAAUGGAGGAGCCGGGAUAGCUCAGUCGGUAUAGCGACUGGCUACGGGCUGGACGACUGAGGGGUUUGAAUUCAAGUUCCA